GUCUUCUCCAACCAAAGCCAGUUCAAUCUCUCAAUUUCUCCAUCAACAUGCUCAACACCCUUCUUCUUCUUCUUCUCUCUCUGGGAAAUGGGCUCGCUUCAGGCCCAACUCUCUCCGCUUCUGUGCAUGGGAACUCACACAUUCCCGGAGUUACAACCAGGUGCAGAAAAAAUCCUUAAAAGUUGUCUCAUUGCGAGAGCGUGAUAAAUGUCUAACAAGGUAGCCACUUGUUCCAGUGCAUGGAACGUCGCUUGCCAGGUUGCAAAAUUGUGCAGGUUGAUGAGCUUUAUAAGUUUUCUUUUCGAGAUUCUUUCUCACCCAUUCGAGAAGAAUUUCCAGUCUCCUUCUGAACGCUGACCUCUAGGGUUGAGCAUCGUCAGAUUUCAUUUUCACUGUCCAAGUGGCAGAGUGUGAAUUUCUCUUGAAGCAAAACCAGUAAGACAAGAUGGAAAUGGUGAAUUUUGUUGGUAAUUGUAUCCAAAGGAAGAAUGUUGAGUGGUUGGAUCUGGAAUCUUUCGAAGGUGUGGUCGAUAAUGUACUUUCAUCGCUUCCUGUCAAGUGCCUUCUAAAUGUUAAGGCUGUUUCUAAAUUCUUGCGUGAUUUGAUUCGUAGUCAAGCUUUCAUUAGAUUGCAUUUAAGUCGGUCAAGAGAAAAUGCCUUGUAUAUAUUUUUCCCUUUUAUGCCAAUUAACAGAAACAUAUACAUCAUUGAUGCUGAUGCGGUAGUCACUGAAACAGUCACUCUUCCUACUGAUGAGAAUCUAUCAACUCUUAGUAUGGUUUGUUCCUAUAAUGGUUUGAUUUGUCUCACCAAUUUUCCCGUGACUCUUUACUCAUAUAGUUCUCAAGGAGUGGCAGUGGCAGACUUGGAAAUCCUGAUCUGCAAUCCCGCCACUCAUGAAGUUGGUUUACUUCCAAAAUGUAGCCCAUCGGAAGAGGACCUAGGCAUUGGUGUUGCCUUUGGCCCAGAGAUCAGUGAGUAUAAAGUAUUUCGGUUUUUCCGUUCCAAAUCCAAUUCUGAAAUAGUCCUCCCUGACCCAGAGGUUGUGCCAUAUUGGUUUUUGCUUCCCACAUCCAGACCUGAAACAGUCCUCCCUCCAGAGUGUGAGAUAUAUUCAUCCAGAACUGGAACCUGGAGUUGCAUAGGUCCUGUUCAGCAUCGUCCUAUGGGUGCACAUCACGUAUUUGUUAACGGAAAAGUUUAUUGGUUUAUUCCCUCAGAAGAAAAUUAUGAUAUCCCUGGAUCCAUUCUAUCAGUUGAUAUGGAGGAACAUUUUGAAGUUGUCGGGCUUCCAGAUACACUCACAGAACUCUCCUUCUUAAUUGAUUUUGAAGGCUGCUUAUCAGUAGUCGCGGUUUUUGAUAAAGAUGAGCCUGUGGUUAUUUGGAUUUUAAAGAAUGAAAAUGAAUAUGUUUGGGAGAAGAAAUGCAGUGCUGGUAUUCCCUACAAAGGAAUGAUGGAGGAACUUCACUCUGUAGCUGCUAGAGAAAGUGACAUUUUUUUCAUAACUGCACACGAUUAUAUUAUCUUAGACACAGAUGACAGUUCCUGGGAACUUGUUGAGUUUGAAGAGUUUGAACCUAAUGCUCACGCUGUUUUUCCAUACACAGAAAGCCUCCUCCCUUGUAGUGGACGGUUUGCAGGGGAGGUGAACAAUCAAAGAGCAGCGUGAUUCUGGUUUUGGUUCUGAUUGUUCUUUGUCUUCUCGUCCAGAUUGAUGUCCCUUGGAUGUUGAAGCUUGAGUUUGCUUUUAUCUUGCGAGUUAAAAGUCCAGAAGCCUGUAUUUGGAUUUUUGCAGAAGGUACCACCACCUUUCCUCUGGAGAAAUUGGGGAUUACUACCAUGACAUCCUAGAACUUGAUUAGUCUGAAUAUUUAUGAAACAUCCUAAGUCAUUAGAUUUUUCUUUUUUGAAAUGCCCGGGAAUAUCCAGCUUCUUCAUUUCUGUAUCCGUAUAGUUUUACAGCUUGAAGUAGGAUUUAAUCAGAGCAACAACUGCUAAUUUUUCCCAAUAGUAUGUUUGAAAUGAGAGUUUUUUAUGAGUUGUAUUAAAAGUCAUAUUGUUCGUCUUAUUGAUGAGUUGUGGAAAAACUGUUGGCAUAAGAUGCUAUGCUGCAAAGUCUUGAAUCAUUUCAUCAACAAACUCAAUUCCAUCA